AUGGCGCAACCAGCGGCACCCGCCAUCACUUUGACCGACCCAAACAACGACCCUGCCUCCCCUUCCCCCGCCUGGUCUCCCACGCGGGAUGCGCCGAGGAAUACAAUUCCACCGGAUGUGGGCGGAGUGCUGAGGAAUGGGGGUGGGAGGCCCGAGACGCCUACGCGGAGGCAGGGGGGAGGCCGACCAGAGUCUUCGAGUGGAGGGUGGGGGAGCCCGGGCAAGUUGACGAGGACACUGUCGUCGAGCAAUGGGAACCCCGCUGCGGCGUCGAGGGAUGAUGUGUUCAGGAUCAAAGAGGGAGAGGGGGAGGGAGGCAUGGGGGCUAUGGAUCCGUUGUCCCAGCACAUUCUCAAGCGCACCAAUGCGCCGCCCCCGAUGAACACGUCCAUGCGACCCACGACAGCAGAGGGAGGAGCAAGAGAAGAUGUCAAAGCUCCGUCAGAACAAACAACGACAGCACCCGCCGUACAGCCGUUGAGGAAUGUCGAUACGAACGAUAGCAGCAUUUCGCAGUCGACGAAUAACAACUCCCAGAAGGAUCUGCGGAAGGGUGUCAAAGCCGUUUCGUUCAUUUCACGCCUGAUGGGAAACAAGAAAAAGGACGAAGCAGGUCCUAUAGCCGACGAUGAGUCUGUCUCAAACGAAGGCAGACCUGAGGGCACGGAUGCCCAGGUCUUCUCGCAGCCAUUGGAUAAUAUGAGCUUCAGCCCACGAAUGCCCCAACCGCCUUCUUACAUCAAGGUACGGGCGAAGCACAAGAAGACCCGGGACUUCGACCGCUUGUUCCUGGCGCAGGAGCUGGACUGUCGCAAGCGGAGGAAGGUUGAGAGGCAGAACAGCUCGAGUAAGUUGCGGAGAAAGAACUCUGCUACGCCAGCUGAGCAGGAUACUGUAUGGGCCAUGGAGUUCAGUAGGGAUGGCAAAUACUUGGCCGCGGCUGGUGCAGAUGGCGUGGUGAGAGUGUGGGCGGUGCUGUCGAGCUCAGAAGACAGGCAGAAGCACGAGAAGCAGGAGGCGCAACAGAGUGAGGGCAAUGGAGUGGACGCACAUGCUGAGCACCUGAGCGCACCAGUCUUUCAGAGCCAGCCGAUACGAGAGUUUGAAGGCCAUGGAUCGACGAUUUUGGACCUCAGCUGGAGCAAGAACAAUUUCCUGCUGUCCUCCUCGAUGGACAAGACCGUUCGCUUAUGGCAUGUCAGCAGGACGGAAUGCCUCUGUACCUUCAAGCACGCGGACUUCGUGCCCUCCGUUGCUUUUCAUCCGAAAGACGACCGCUUCUUCCUGGCCGGCUCGCUGGACUCUCGACUCAGGCUCUGGAGUAUCCCAGACAAAAGCGUCGCUUACACUGCUCGGCUCAACGACAUGGUCACAGCGGUGGCGUUCACACCAGAUGGGAAGCACGCCAUAGCAGGCUGCUUGAGCGGUCUAUGCAUGUUCUACGAGACCGAAGGCCUGAAGUACCAAACACAGGUGCAUGUGAGAUCGGCUAGGGGCCAGAACGCAAAAGGCAGCAAGAUCACUGGCAUACACGCUCAUCACGAUCGAAGGGGCGAUGUGAAGCUUCUCAUCACGAGCAACGAUUCGCGCACCCGGCUGUACAAUUUCCGCGACAAGAAUCUGGAGCUGAAGUUUCGUGGAAAUGUGAACAAUAGCAGCCAAAUCCGCGCGACGGUGAGCGAUGAUGGCAAAUUCGUGGCCUGUGGAAGCGAAGACAGAAAAGCCUACAUCUGGUCCACCGGCCCUGGCGAGGGCGAGAAGCGGGACAAGCGACCUCUCGAGCUCUUCGAAGCGCACGACUCCACCACGACGGCCGUCUGCUUCGCGCCGGCCAAGACCAGGCACCUGCUUAGCAAGUCUGAAGAUCCGGUCUACGAUCUGUGCAAUCCACCUAUAGUACACUUGAUGAGCCGCGCAGAGCGAGCGGAGAGCCAGACCUCUUCCAAACCGCCCACAGAGAACGGAAGCGUCCAGGCGACUCCGGCAGAUCCUGACUCCCGCUUCGAGAAGCCCAAGGAGUCUGCAUCUUACGUCGCACGCUCGAGCCACAAGUGCGGCAACAUCAUCGUUACAGCAGAUUACACCGGCAAGAUCAAAAUCUUCCGCCAAGAUUGCGCAUGGUCGAAACGCCGCCUCGACGACUGGGACCGCAGCUCCAUCUUCAGCAAACGCACCGGUCGCAUGAGCCGGACAGGCUCGGUCAUGACGCGCGGUAGCCAGCCGAGCUUACGCGAGGGUAGGAACUCGACCAGUCUCUCCGGGCCAUCGGACAGGAUAUUGUCCUGGCGCCAAGGCAUCGCGAGCUCCCCGAGCGUGGACCGUGAAGCUUCGCAGAAAGAUAGUAAUCGCGGCGUCUCCCCCGGCAAAUCCUCGUUCGAUCGCACAUCCAGUCCCGCCGAAGCGAGGAAAGCCGCGCACAGGAAUAGCGGCAAAUGGACUGGCUGGGCGACGAGUCUGCGCUCUGAGACGAGGUCUGACUCCGCCCCCCCGGAUCCUGAGAUGCCUAUGCGCGUCGACACGGCCAAAGCCCGCGGUGCCGCUGAUGACGCGGGUAGGAACAGCGCUGGUAGUGGCGGGAGUCCGCGCUCUGGCUCCCCUCGUUCCCUGCGGGAGGAGAACCCUCUUCUGCUGUCGGGGGGCCGGAGCUAUAUGUUCUGGGACACGCAGGAGUGGAAGGGGCGCGCGGAGCGGCAGCAGCAGGUUGCUCCGGACCAGUUGCCGCUGACGCCGAUUGCUUCGCGGGAGGACGCGACGCCUGGAGGCCAGCAGCAGCAGCAGCAGCUUAGGCCGGGUUUGGGGAGAGGCGCGACGGUGGUGAGUGAGUUGAGCGAUGAGAAGAGUAGUGUGAGCGAGUAUGAUGAUGCUGAGGAGGGGGCGGAGGAUGGGGGUGGGGAUGGCGCUGGUGCGAGACAGGGCAGUGACGUCGAUACGAAGUUGUGGGACGAAGGUAUGAUCAUCGCGAUCGCUUCGAUUGGAUAG